GAGUUGUGAGACACAAGAUAAACAUGAUUGAUUUUUUAUUCAUUAUUCCCUUUACCUCUUUCUUUAUUAAUAGGACCAAGAAAAUUCAACAACAAAAAGAUGCUUUUCAAACCUUAAAUGGUUCCUAUCAUCGUUAUCAUCGAUCAAAAAUCAAGAUUUAUCACCUACUAAAAAUCCAACCAAAAAUUGACUCGAUACAACUAACAAUGGAAACCCUAAACUUUACUCUUAUCCUCUCAUCCAUUAUUGUUCUUCUCAAUCUUUGUCCUUUAAUUCACUCAUCACCCAUUUCAAAUUUUCUUCCCACUAAAUCAGGCUACUUAUCAGUAAAUCCCUCUUCAAAAUCCUCCAUUUUUUAUGCUUUCUAUGAAGCACAACAACCAAUUUCAUCCCUUUCGGAAACCCCACUUCUUAUAUGGCUUCAAGGAGGUCCUGGAUGUUCCUCCAUGGUUGGGAACUUCUAUGAGCUUGGUCCAUGGAGAGUCAACCACAAAAUGGAGCUCCAAAAGAAUGAUGGGUCAUGGAAUCGGAUCUUUGGGCUUUUAUUUUUGGAUAACCCAAUUGGAACUGGAUUCAGUAUUGCUGCUUCUCCUGAUGAAAUUCCCAGAGAUCAACAUGGUGUAGCCAAACACCUUUUUAUUGCAAUCAAAUCAUUUAUUGCAUUAGACGGAUCUUUGUUCGGGUCUAGACCCAUUUACAUUACUGGUGAAAGUUAUGCAGGGAAAUAUGCCCCAGCAAUUGGGUAUUACAUAGUAAGAAAAAAUAAACAACUUCCAUUAAAGGAAAGGGUUAAUUUAGCAGGAAUUGCAAUUGGGAAUGGAUUAACUGAUCCAAUUACCCAAGUCACUACACAUGGGCUAAAUGCUUAUUUUAGUGGGUUAAUCAAUGAAAAACAGAAAACCCAUCUAGAAAAAGCUCAAAGAGAGGUAGUAAAAUUGGUAAUGGAGAAGAAAUGGAGUGAGGCAACUGAUGCAAGGAGUAGUUUGCUUAGAAUGCUACAAAACAUGACAGGAUUAGCUACUUUGUAUGAUAUGAGAAGAAAAAUAGCCUAUGAAUCAUAUUUAGUAGAAAGGUUUUUAAGCAAUGUUGAGGUAAAGAAGGAUUUGGGGGUGAAUAUUUCAAUGGUUUGGGAGGAAUGUAGUGAUUUAGUAGGCAAGAUUUUGCAUGAAGAUGUGAUGAAAAGUGUGAAAUACAUGGUUGAAUUGCUGUUGCAAGAAACUAGAGUUUUGUUAUAUCAAGGGCAGGCUGAUUUGAGAGAUGGGGUAGUGUCGGUUGAGGCAUGGAUGAAAAGGUUGAAUUGGGAUGGGAUUGGUAAGUUUGAGGAAUCAGAAAGGAAAGUUUGGGAAGUGAAAGGGGAAGUUGCAGGAUAUGUGCAGAAAUGGGGAAGUUUAAGUCAUGUUGUAGUGUUGGGUGCUGGUCAUUUUGUGCCUACUGAUCAGGCUGUUCAUUCUCAGGUUAUGAUUGAGGAUUGGGUGCUUCAAAGAGGGUUUUUCGGUAAUCAGAAAAUUCAGAUUCCUAAUAGACAUCCCAAGAGUUGUCUUUGAGGUUUAUGUCUUGGGAGUAUUAAUCAUUGUACUUAUAGAAUUAUGUUUUUGAUUGUGUUAAUAACUAAUAAGUGUAUGGUUAUUCUCAAGCCGAGGGUUUGAAUAGUCGCAAGUCGCAAGUCGCAACCUUCUUAUUUCUUUGGAUAUGGUUAUGGCUUGUUGUCAUCUAAUGUUGUCUAGAUCCCUGAUUUAGCUGCUAUGAGCAAGAUAUACGAGACAUUCAAAGAAUUGCCUUUGAAAUUUAUGUCCUAAGUAAUAAUCAUUGCACUUAUGGUCGCAAGUCGCAAGUCUCAAGUCUAACCUCUUAUCUCUUUUGAUGUGGAUAUUGCAUGUCGUUAUCUAACCCUGUCCAGAUCCCUGAUUGUAACUUGUAUGAACGAGAUAUAUGGAACAUUCAAAGAAUUGUAAUUAUAGAAUUAUCUUUGAUAAUGUGUUAAUAAGUGUAUAUGAUCAUUUUCAAGCCGAGGGUUUGAAUGGUUGCUAGUCGCAACCUUCUUUUAUGUCUUUCGAUAUAGGUGUGGCUUUUUGUCAUCUAACCCUGUCGAAAUCCCUAAUUGUAGACAUAUACGGCACAUUCAAAGAAUUGCCUUUGAAGUUUAUGUCUUGGAGAAAUAAUCAUUGUACUUACAGAAUUAUCUUUGA